AGAGGGGGCGAAGGACCGGGGGCACCCCGAGGUGCGGGGCUCUCCCCGCGCCCCCCGCCCACGGUCCGUGGCGGAGCCGCCGGUUCGCGCGGGGCCGGUGCGGGGUCCCGGCGCCCCCGGAGCCGCCCCCCCCCGGCGCCCCCCCCGCCGGCCGGGAUUGGCGGGGCCGCCGAGGCGCCGCCCGGCCCCGCAAGUCUCCAACUUUCUUCCCGCCGCCCCUCAACCGCCGCCGCCGCCGCCGCCGCUCCCGGAGCCCGCGAUGCUCCGCAGCCGCCUGCCCCUGCUCGGGCCCGGGCUGCUGCUGCUGCAGGCGGUGUGUGCCGGGGGUCACAUCGCCAAGACCCUGGGCUACCUGGAGCUGGGCACCUCCGGCCUCCUCAAGGAUGUCCCCUAUGGCACCCUGAAGCCCCCGGCGCUCGACCCCGGGCGGCUGAUCCCGGCAGAGCCCCCCCGGGGCGCCGGACGGAGCCCCUGGGACUGGCAGAAGAACCAGACGGCCGGGGAGCCGCCGAGCCCCCGCGCCCACCGCAAGCCCACCCUCAAGUCCAGCCGCACCAAGAAGAUUUUCGGCUGGGGAGACUUCUACUUCAACAUCAAGACGCUCAAGUUCAGCCUCCUGGUGACGGGCAAGAUCGUCGACCACAUCAACGGCACCUUCAGCGUCUACUUCCGACACAACUCCUCCAGCCUGGGCAACGUCUCCGUCAGCAUCGUGCCCCCCUCCAAGGCCGUGGGCUUCGAGGUGCUGGUGCCCGGCCCCCCCCAGCUCCCGCAGCCGCCGCCGCCCCCCCAGCAGAGCACCCUGCCCGAGGGGCGCCCGGCCAAGGCGCUCAACUGCCACGUGGAGUACGAGAAGACGAACCGGGCGCGCAAGAACAAGCCGUGCCUGUACGACCCGUCCAAGGUCUGCUUCACGGAGCACACGCAGAGCCACGCGGCCUGGCUCUGCGCCAAGCCCUUCAAGGUCAUCUGCAUCUUCAUCUCCUUCCUCAGCAUCGACUACAAGCUGGUCCAGAAGGUCUGUCCCGACUACAACUUCCAGCACGACAACCCCUACUUCGGCUGACAGCAGCGCGGCGGGGACGGGGGGCGGGGGGCAGGGGUGGGGUGGGGGGCUGCUGUGCCCCCUUCACGGCUGCUCGGUGCCCCCCGUGACCCCCACACUGACCCCUCUCUGUCAUCGGAGCAUCCCUGGGCCGUGUCAUGGGACGGCUGGUGCUGGGGGUCCCGGCCUCCCCCCCACUGACAUCCCAUCCCCGUGGGGUACAGCCAGCUCUGGGGACCCCCCCUCACCCACUGACACCCCAUCCCUGCACCCCAUGGGGUACAGCCAGCUCUGGGGGUCCCCCCUCACCCACUGACAUCCCCUCCCUGUGGGGUACAGCCAGCUCUGGGGACCCCCCCUCGCCCACUGACACCCCAUCCCUGCACCCCAUGGGGUACAGCCAGCUCUGGGGACCCCCCCUCGCCCACUGACACCCCAUCCCUGCACUGCCAUGGGGUACAGCCAGCUCUGGGGACCCCCCCUCGCCCGCUGGGCCCCCGUCCCUGCAGCACCCCGGGCUGGGGUACAGCUGUGCUGGGGGUGCUGGGCCCACUGACACCCAUCCCUGCAUCCCUGGGGUACAGCUGGUUCUGGGGGUGCUGACACCCAUCACUGCAUCCCUGGGGUACAGCUGGUUCUGGGGGUCCCAGCCCCCCCUGCCCAUUGAGACCCCCCCACCCACUGCAACCCCCUCACUGCAGCACCCCUGCAUCCUACUGGGGUACAACUGGUGCUGGGGGGCCCGGCCCCCCUCCCCCCUGAAAUCCCAUCCCUGCAGCUCAGGGGGUGCAGGCAUGGACCCCCCCCGUGCUGGGGGCUGGGCUGGGCCCCAGGGGUGUGGGGGUGAACUGGGGGGGUUCAGCCCCCUGCGAUGUCACCUCUGGGGUGUCACGGGGGGCAGGUCAGGGUGCUGGGGGGGGUCUCAGUCCUCACCCCAUACACUGGGGGGGCUUUUGUCUCCCUGCAGCCCCCCAGCCGUGCACGUGUGUGUGUGCAAGGGCCCCACCCGGGUAUUUUGGAGCCCCCCCCCAACACUGGCCCUGCUCCAGCGCCACAGCUGAGCCCCCGGAGCCCCACGGACCCCCCCCCCCUCUAUGGGGGCCCUUCCAGGUGUGCAGCCCCCACACCCCACGCCGUGAAGAAGUGCCAGGCGGGGGUCAGGGACGUGGGGGGGGGGGUCCCCAGGGGCUGCUCCCCCCCCCCCGCUCGGGAAGGGGCUUCUUCAUCAUUUUUUUUUUAAAGAAAAUUAAAAUGGAAAAAAAAAAAAAA